CAACACUGUCUCUAUAUAAAACCACCACCGACUGUUACAGAGAGACUACAACAACAUCAUCUUCUCUGGUCUUCAUACUCUCCGCCGCUACAUCCUCUGACCUCCUCCUUCGGCUCUGCUCAGAUCCCUUGUGAAACGUUACUGCCUUCAGAGAUGAUGAUGAUGACCUCUCUCGGUGGUGGUGGUGGUGGCGGCGGAGGGAGGUUUACGUCGUCUCUUUCGGUUCCUCCUUCUGUUCCUCAGUCGCCUAACUACUCCGGUUGGAUCCGAUCACAGUCUUCUUCUAUAUUCGUUGAGCAGGAGAAGUAUCUUUCAGAGUUACUUGCAGAGCGUCGUAAUCUUACUCCGUUCUUACCUGUGCUUCCACAUGUAUGUCGCCUACUGAACCAGGAGAUUUUGCGUGUAACCACAAUGUUGGAGAAUGCCACAGUUUUAAGUCAGACUGGGCUUGACCACACUAGCCCUGGAGGGAUAUAUCAGAAUGCAAGAGCUGAUAUGAGCGGAUGGGCCACGCCGUUUCCAUCUGAACGAUCUGUUCCAUCAUCUCCGGGACCAAACUGGCAUAACUCACCUGGUAGUCCGUCCGGUCUGAUCGCCAAACGAACAAUCAGGAUCGAUAUUCCAGUCGACAAUUAUCCAAAUUUCAAUUUCGUUGGUCGCCUCUUGGGUCCUAGAGGAAACUCACUGAAGCGAGUUGAAGCAAGUACUGGUUGCCGUUUUCUUAUAAGAGGAAGAGGCAGUAUUAAAGAUCAAUUUAAGGAGGAAAUGAUGAGAGGAAAGCCUGGAUUUGAGCACUUAAGUGAGCCACUUCAUAUCUUAGUCGAAGCUGAGUUACCUAUUGAAAUAGUCGAUGCACGUCUCAUGCAAGCUCGUGAAGUACUAGAUGAACUUCUUACUCCUAUGGAGGAAACUCAUGACUUUUACAAGAAACAACAGCUGCGAGAGCUAGCAUUGCUCAAUGGAAGUCUUCGUGAAGGAGGAGGAUCUCCAAUGUCUGGUUCUGUUUCUCCUUUCAGUAGCCUGGGUAUGAAAAGAGCCAAAACAAGAGAAGUGUAGAAAACGAAUGCCUCAGAACACUAUUUUGUUGUUGUGAUCUGUCCCACAUCUCAAGCAAUAUGAAACCGAUCCAGUUCGACCAGAAUGGCCAAACCCCUUUGGCUACACAGUACUGUUCUCUUCUCCCCUGGAAUAUGGUUGCUGUAUAUAUUGUCAUGAAUGUGUCUUUUUGGGUCUAUUUAUCAUUGUCCUGGAGAGAGAUAAGAUAACAUUUCAAGGAAACACAAGGCAUGAUGAGUCUUUAUCUCUCUCUCCCAGUUUUUGGGUUUGUUUUUAUUUAUUUCAAUGCAUUUUUGUCAACUUGUUUGGUUUAUUUGUCAACCUUUUUAAUUGUUUUUACUCUUUGGAACAGUUUGGUUCUAAUUUCCAAGGGGUUUUUAUAAGCUUUGUACUUUAGUAAAAGAAAGAAAAAAACAUAAGAUCA